AUGGCUGACAAUCAAGAAGAACUACUGAAUCCUCCCAUAUCAGAGAUAAAGGCAGAGGAGAGGAAAAUCCCAGUAUUCACGGUGCUAAAGAACCAUGCUAUUCUGAAGAAUAUCUAUCUCCUGAACAAUCGACCUUCAAUCCCUUCUUCUUCAGUGGAAUUCAAUUCCAAGAACGGAAAAGAAUCAAUAAAGGAAGAAACGUUGUUGGUUGGACGGCAUCCCGAUUGUAAUCUCACUUUGGAACAUCCCAGUAUCAGCAGAUUCCACCUCCGUAUUCACUCCAACCGUUCUUCGUACUCCCUCUCUGUCAUUGACUUGUAUUCUGUACAUGGGACUUGGAUUUCUGGAAAGAAAAUUGAACCCGGGGUUAUGGUAGAAUUGAAAGAAGGUGACACAAUGCAGCUCGGUGGAUCUCGUAGGUUGUACAGGCUACAUUGGCUUCCAGUUGCACGUGCUUAUGAUUUAAACAACCCUUUUGUGCCUCUAUUGGAUACAAUAGAUGAAGUAAAAGAAUCAUAUCAGGAUGAGAACAGUUUGUAUGGAGAAGACGAUCAAAUUCAGAGUUCGGUUGAUAUUUUGGAAGGUUUACAGCUGCUAUUUUCAAAUGAGAACCCAAUUUCAUCUGUGCAAAAAAUGAGUCCAUCGGCACCUCCCAUGCCUGAAGACAUGAAUGAUUCCUUCUCAGACAAAGAGGAAGCUGAGAACAAGAACUCACUUGAAAUAGACCAUGAAAAAAACAGCAUACUAGAUGCGCCUUUUGCCUCAGAAGUGUCUCAAACAGUAUCUCCAAUAGAAUAUUCAGUUAUUUCUGAAGUGAAAUUGGAGAAGACAUCUGGUUCAAGCAUUUGGUCAAGAAGAGGUAAACCGGCCAGUGUUCAGAUUCAAAUCAGCAGGAGUAGAGGAAAGAGUGCAAGGAUUACUAGUAAUGCUGAAGUUAAAGUGCCAAUCCAUGAAAAUUCCCCAACUGAAUCAGAUUCUCAAGAUCUUUUUGCUGUUGGAGACAUUGAUAAAAAACAAAUAUUUACUCCAGACAAGGAGAAUUGCUCUCCCAAGUCCCCUCUACUUCAGUCCUUGGAGCACAUAGGUCAGGAAAAUUCAAGGAGUGAAUUCAUUUCAAGGACUCUAUUUUCUUGUGCAGACCGAGAUGAUGAACAAAUUUUUACUCCGGACAAUUCUGAAGUUAAAUCGUCAAUUCGUGAAUAUUGCCAAACUGAAACAGUUUCUGAAGAUCCUUCUUCUAACGGCGACUUUGAUAAAAAACAGACCCUUACUCCCAAUUCCCCUCUAUUUCAGUCCCUUAAGAACACAGGUCAGGAGAACUCGAGGAUCGAAUUCAUUUCGUGCACUUCUUCUUGUGUAUCUCAGAAUGAAGGAGCAGUAAUUUUCACUCCAGAUGAUGCUGAAGUAAAAUCACCAAUUUGUGAAUAUUCGCAAACUGAAACAGUUCCCGGAGAUGCUUUUGUUAGGGGUGAUAAUAAUGAAAAACAUACUCCAGACAAGGAGAAUAUCUCUUCCAAUUCUCUUAUACUUCAGUCCUUGGAGAACAUGAGUCAUGAGAACUCCAGGACUCUGUUUGCUCGUGUAGAUCAGGAUGAAGAAGAAAUUUUCACUCCAGACAAUUCUGAAGUUAAUUCUUCCCCUAUUUGUGUAUCAGUUUCUGAUGAUCCUUUUGCUAGAAGUGACAGAGAUAGAAAACAAAUCUUUACUCCAGACAAGGAGAAUUGCUCUUCCAAUUCUCUUGUACUUCAGUCCUCAGAGAACCAAGGUCAGGAGAAUCCGAGGAAUGACUUGACCAUACGGACUCUGUUUUCUUGUGUUGACGAGAAUGAAGAAGAAAUUUUCACUCCAGACCAAGAGAAUAUGACUCCAAAUACUCUUCGACUGAGGUACAUGAAGAAGAUGGGGAAGUUGAAAGAAGUUGAGAAUAACAAGUCAUACAGAUCAUCGCCGCUGAAGAAAGUUGUCGACUGUAACAUGUACCAAGAGAAUUCAAGGAGUGACUUAACUUCGCAGACUCUAUUUUCUUGUGCUGACGAAUAUGAAGAAGAAAUUUUCACUCCAGACAAAGAGAAUAUGACUCCAAAUACACUUCGACUGAGGUACACGGAGAAGAUGGGGAAGUUGAAAGAAGUUGAUUAUCCGAAGUCACACAGAUCAUCACCGUUGAAGACAGUUGUCUGUAACAUGUACCAAGAGGACAAAAUGCCUACUUCUCUGGAUAAAGAAAAUCAGAAUCUGAUGGCUCUUCAAAAACAGAAAUUAGUGAAUUCCGUAUCCAAAAGUGAUGCUGGGUUGGAGAAGUUGGCAUUACUGAAGGCUACAGCAGAUAGAAAGCCUCUGCAAUCUCUGCUUGUGAACUCCACCAGUAACAGUAAGACUAAGUCAAAAGCUUCAGACCUUGAUAUUACUACGAGAAGUGGCAUAGCUAUCAACUCUGUUCGACUUGAAGAGGUCAUUCACCCUUUUGAGACCAUUAAGGAGGACAACAAAAGGUGGACCAUGGUGGUAGACGUUGCGUGUUUGCUAAACAAAAAGUCAAGGAAGGAGUUGCAGCUUUUGCGAGGUCUCAAGGGAACUGGACUGAUAGUACCUAGAAUUGUCAUAAGGGAACUGGAUUGCAUGUUGAGACGAGGAACUUUCUUUAGACGGACAACGGAGGUUUCUGCAGCACUACAAUGGAUUGAAGAAUGUAUGGAGAAUGCAGAAGGGUGGAUUCAUGUGCAGAGCUUGGCUGAAGAACGAAGACCAGUUGCACCAACCCCACCUUCUUCUCCUUUAUCUUGGUUUGGUGAGGAGAAGAGUGUAUUCUCUAUUGGCUCAUCUCCGUUUUCUCCUUGUAGUAUCCAGGAGAUUGUUACACCUACCACAGAAGAUCAUAUCCUUGAAUGCGCUCUUUUCUUCAAACGAAUUAGGAACGAAGGACAGCUUGUCCUUCUUAGUGAUGAUGUUACUCUCAAGAUCAAAGCCAUGUCAGAAGGCGUAAUUUGUGAAACAGCAGAGGAAUUCCGCAACAGUCUAGUGAAUCCAUUCUCCGACAGGUUUUUGUACACGGACAGCUCUCCAAGAGGACAUUCUUGGACUUGUGUAGACGAUGUUGUUCUCAAGGAUAAAUAUUAUCCUGGCCCUUCGAAGAAGCUGUCGAAAUCUGGAGAAGGUGUGAAGGGCUUGAAACUCAUACUACUGCACAAUAGCAAUUUCAGGAAGAGUCAGCUAAACAACUUAACUGUAAAUUCUGCUUUUCGUGUCCAGUAG